AUGUGUGGUUUCAACGUGAAUGACAAAGAUGUAAAACAUCAACAGUUGCCUUUGACUCCUCCUUCGACGGUCAAGAAGGAAAGUCGUGUUACUAAGAAGAGAACAGAGAAGGUGGUGCCUAAGAAAUUGGUUUUGCAAUUAACGAAAGCUGCUAGAAAAUCUAGAUUGAAAUAUAAACCUGCAUUAAAUGAAGUUUUCAAUAUCGAUGAGUAUUUAUUGAAGAGAGCCUCUACAUCUGAUGGAAAUGUACUUCAUGAUGACAAUAUGGAUGAUAAUGAAGUUUUUUUGGAACAUGUGUUAUUGCAAAGCAAGAAAAUUGUAGUAGUGGCAGGUGCUGGUAUCUCUGUUGAAGCUGGUAUUCCAGAUUUCAGAUCAAGUGAUGGUCUCUUUACGAUGUUGAAGAGUAAGUCGAAUAAAAUAGCAUCAGGUAAAGAAUUGUUUGAUUUUAACAGAGUGUAUAGUAGCGAUGAGAUGAGUAAACAAUUUAAUUUAAUGAUUAAAAAAUUACAUCACUUAUCCAAAAAUUCUGUACCAACGGAUUUCCAUAAAUAUCUAAAUGAAUUAUCAAAAAGCGGCAGACUGUUAAGAGUAUACACACAGAAUAUUGAUGGGCUUGAAACUAGAUUGUCUCAUUUAUCAGCAAAAAUACCUUUAGGGUUUUCAAAGAAUGAUGCGUGUCCUAACAUUAUUCAGUUGCAUGGCAGCAUUCAUCAUAUGCAAUGUAAUAAAUGUCGUAAGGUCAGUGGAAUGGAACCAACCAUUUUCAACGUGGAAGAUGAAGAGACUGAACUGUCCGGUAAGAUAGAAUAUGUUCCCUCUUGCAAAGAGUGUAUGGAGUUUGAAGAAGUCAGAAAAGUUGCUGGAUUACGUGCUCAAGGUGUCGGUAAAAUGAGACCUCGGAUUGUAUUAUAUAAUGAAGUUCACCCUGAAGGAGACAUAAUUAGUGAAGUUGCUAAUAUGGAUAUGAAAAAGAAACCAGAUUGUUUAAUAAUAGCAGGAACCAGUUUGAAUAUUCCUGGGGUGAAAUCAAUGUGCAAACAGUUCAUAACGAAGAUAAGAACAUCAAAAGGUUACGUUAUUUAUGUCAACAAAGAACUACCAUCCAAAAGCAUUUUAGAUGCCAUCGGAGGGGUGGAUCUAAUAGUUUUAGGAGACUGUCAAAAUAUACCCAAAAUUUUUAACUGA